UCUCCCUCCUCAACUACAAUCAUUCUCUUCUCCACUCUGCUCUGCAACAAAACUUCUACUAAUGGAUGAAUCAUGGCGGAUGCGCAUGGGAACUGCUCCUUCCUUCUCUCUCCGGAAAACCUCCCUCGACAUUUCCUCCAACAACAGUACCGCUACCAGACACUCGAUCGCCACCAUGGAAGCUCUCGCUCCUGAAGACUUCGCCGACGUCUUCGGCGGUCCACCGCGCACCGUUUUAUCUCGCCGCUUCUCCGGCGAUUUCUACGAGGAGAUCUUCCGUCCGCCACAGGACUUCCGUUCCUCAAUCGGCGGGAGGAGCCUUCCGUCGUUUAGGAUCCCUUACAGGGAGGAUGGAUUGUUUUCCAACGUGUUCCGGCCGGAGGACUGCUUUGGACGGAGAUCGAGGGAACGGUCGCGGCCGAGCUCGAAAACGAAGUCGAAGUCGAGUUCCGAGGAGGUAAGCCCGCUCCGGCCGGCGAUCGGAGAUGACGUGGCAUUGUCGUCUUUUGCUUCCAAACUCAGGCCGAUUAAUGUGCGGAGCAGAUGGAACACAGAGCAAGCUAGGAGAGAAGCAUUUGGUUGUGCUCGACCUUCAUUUGUGGAAGGCUAUGAGUUUGCAGAAGAGGAAUUGUACGAGAAUACGAGGAGCUCAUACUGUGGCUUCUCGCGAAGAACAUCGUCUCCGGAAACCCUCAGUGUUGAACCAAAUUCAUACAGGAGUAUGAAGAUAUGUAGUGAGGAUCUGGAUCUUGUCAGUUCCCCUAAUUCCUCUCCUGUCUCUUCAGUCUGUCAAGAACCACAACCGUUCUCCAAGAGUUGUGUACAGAGUAGCAGUAGAGUAGUUGAAGAGCUGGAACCAGAGGAUGAAGAAGAUGAUGCGAUGAGCUCUUAUGUGAUUGAGAUCACUACUUGUGAUUAUAGUGGUGAAGCGGUGUCUGUUGAUGAAGCAAUUGCCUGGGCUAAGGAGAAGUUCCAGAGCUGUAAUCAACACGACUCGCGUCAAACAGGAUAUGAGAGAUGUAAAGAUGAGGCAUUGGCAGAGCGUCAAGCAGAUGGACACGGAACUAUGUCUUCUUCCAUGGAAGGAGAAGAAGAAGAAAAAGAAAAAGAGUGGAAAGCAGCAGAAGGAAAAGAAGAAUCAGAAGAAGAGAUAAAUAAGGCACAUGAUUCUGAUCAAAUGCGUCUGCAAAAACUAGAGAUGGAAAUGGAUGAAGACAUAAGGUUAUGGUCUCUAGGCAAGGAAACUAACAUCAAAUUGCUGCUUUCAACACUACAUCAUAUUCUAUGGCCCAAUAGCGGUUGGUACGCCAUAUCCAUAACAAACCUUAAAGAAAGCUCACAAGUUAAAAAGGCUUACCAGAAAGCAAGACUAUGUCUUCACCCUGAUAAACUGCAACAAAAAGGAGCCACGCCUGCUCAGAAAUACAUUGCCCAGAAGGCCUUUUCCAUUCUUCAGGAUGCAUGGUCUGUAUUCAUCUCUCAGGACACCUUCUUCAAGUAGAAAUCGGGUUCAAUCACGCUAUAAAAAGGUGAAUUCGAUACUAACUUGUAAGACAAGAAGCAUGUUUUAAUUUAUGCUCGAGGAUGGAGCAGUCUGUGCACGCGUAAAUACGGUUUGAUAAUUCAUUUUUUAUGUGAACAAGUUGUAGAGUGAGACAGAAUGCAUUAGGUAAAUGGUGUAUGUAUUUGUUUGCUGAAUUUUCUAGAUGAUAAUCCACCAAGAAGAUGAGUCUAUUGACCUGA